AGGGAGUUAAAUUGCACUACACCUCCUGCCUCUGUCCAAACACAGUGCAGGAGCAGUUCUAGGGGCAGAGAGCAUUCUGGAGCAGGUGGACUGCAGCUGUUCACCUAGACUUGGAUCAUUCAUUCUCUCCGUUCCUGUCGGCAACCAUGGCUACGAUGGGUAACAUCAUCUUCUGGAGCAUGAUUUUUCUAAUCAUAGCUUUCACAACCCUCAUCAUCUUGAUCCUGGCCUUGAGUUUGAGCAAUGACUCCUCCUCAACCUCAAGCGUUGUGAGCAGGGACAGGUUCCCAUUGGCCAACCUGGGACAGGACGUCCUGCUCAGCUGUCACCUGACGGUGGCAGCUGCCGUGCAGGUGACGGGUGCUGUGGCAGUCACCUGGACUAAGGCCAAUCUGAUGGGCGAGGUGUACAAAUACCAGGACAGCGCUCCGCAACUAGAGGACCAGAACCCCCAGUUUGAUGGAAGGACCCAGGUGUUUCCCGAUGCCGUGGCGAGGGGAAACGGCUCCCUGCUGAUAAUGGCUGUGACGAGCCGCGAUGACGGGGUAUACACCUGCAGCAUCAGCUCCUCCAACCUCGAUGGGAGUGUCCACAUCCAUCUCAGGACAGCAGCGUAUUCCAAACCCACUUUCUCCGUCAAGGAUGGCACGCUGACAGCCAUGGGUUCAAGAUGGCAGCCGGAACCUGAGGUGACUUGGUUGGACUCCAAAGGUACCGUUCUACAGGGAAUAACUCUGUUCACCGAGAAUGCUACAGGGAUGUACAGUUUCGUCAGUAGUCUGAAGCAAGUCAACGUGCCCACGACCUACACAUUCAAGGUGCAGAACCUGUUGGUGACAGCCACCUCGUCUACUAAUGUAACAGGUUCUGGGGUUACAGAAAAGACAACCUUCAGCUUCAGCAGCAGCACAGUGCCGGUCCUCUCGCCCUCCAGGUUUCUGCUUCCUCUCUCUGGUCUGCUCAUGUAUGCUGUUGGAUGUACAUGACAACAUAACACACACACAACCACACGCCACAGAAAGGGGUGCUUAUGCAUUAUUAGGCAAGUUUCUUGUAGAUUAUGUGGCCUUUAAAGGUUGUUUAAACAUAAUGCUAGUCAUAUGACAAAGUUAUAAAAACGGUUAGUGUACUGAAAGGUUUUUUAAGUUAUUGUAAUAGUGUUACUAUGUAACUACUACAAUUUCCAGAGAUUUCCACGAUUUUAAUGUUAUACAUUCUGCCUAGAUGUUCUGAUUAACUUAAUUGACUUGACAUGAUUGAUCAUCAUAAUUAAUAAAAUACCUUGAAAACUGA